AGAGAGAGCGGGAUAUGUUGGGGUUGUCGGAAUCUAACCAUCUUCACAUCCCUCAAAAGCUUGUGCCUGAAACAUUUGCGAGUGAGUGGUGAAGAUAUCAAGCUGUUCCUGCGUGAGCUCCCGUCGUUGGAGCUAUUGAGCAUCUGCUGCGCGAAUCUCACCUCUCAUGUUGAGGUUUGUGGUGCAACUCUCGCGUUGAAGCACUUGGAGAUACUCCACUGCAAGGGUGGGAAAUCCGUGAAAGUUUCUGCUCCAAAUCUUACUUUGGCGACGGAUCAACGAAGCUGUUGGCUGUGAAUGUCCCAAAACCCAUUGCGGCAUUCUUUAGCUAUGCUGGAAGUAUAGAUAAUGCACCGCAUUUUGUUUCUGCAAUAUCUCGCUGCAAAAACCUACUAAAAACUCUCACCUUAUCUCUCUGUGAUUCCAUGUCGCUUUUCUCGAAUGUUGCCUUUCCUCGUAUGCCUAACUUGGAGAGGUUAGUCCUUACAUAUACUGGAGUGCAGCAUGUGUACAAUGCCCUGCCAUUAACUGCUUUAUUAUGGGCAUUUCCUCUUCUUCAAGAAUUCAAAUUAGAGUUUGCAAAUCGUGUGUCUUAUUUUGAGACAGAUAUAAGGAAUAUUAAAAGAUCUCGACACUAUUGCCUCAAAGUGUUCGAGGUCAGAGGAUUUUGUGGGGACUCUGGUGCUCACAUCGAAUUGGUGAAAUGCAUUUCGGAUAAUUGCCUUGCGCUCCAAAAAAUCAUUCUUGAUUGCAGACCAAUCUUUCCCACGACGAGGGCUUCUAAAGUGGAUUUACAAAUGGCUAAGGACUAUAUCAAAGGCAAGCUUCAAGGCAAAAUAUAUGACGACAUUAAACUGUUUUUCGUUAAAUAUUGCUGUUUUAUUUGUCAGUUUAAACCAAGAUUUUUAAGUUAACUGCCCUUCGAUUA